CAUCUACAUAAUCAAAAACCUCAUGAAUAGUCCAUUAGUAUAUGGACAAACACACAUAUUAGAAAAGAAAAUGCACCCACUAUCCUUCUGUUAUUUGUUCAACAAAUCUCCUUCUCCAUCAAAGCAUAGAAAUAGAUCAUGAACUCUAACAAGGUUUUCAAUUUAGCAGAUGUCUCUCCACACAACAAUAGUAAAGAUUGUUGGGUCAUUAUCAACGCGAGGGUGUAUGAUGUUACAAACUUCUUGAAUGAUCAUCCGGGAGGAGAUAACGUGUUGUUAGAUGUAGCAGGUAAAGAUGCAAGCGAUGAGUUUGAGGAAGUGGGUCAUGGGAGUGCUGCAAGAUUGAUGUUAGAUGAGUAUUAUAUUGGAGAAAUCGAUCAUGUAGAAGUAGAACCUCUUUAUGAUAUUUCCAAGAAGUUGGCUUCUAAAUAUAACAAAAAUACCAAAAAACAACAAACCAUCACCAAGGAAGACAAAGGAUUGGGGAUAAAUUUGACAAUGAAGUUCAUUUUGCUCGUUGUUUCCACAACAAUCCUCGGAGUAGCUAUUGGCUUUUUGUUGUACAAGUGAUGUGAAAAAAAAAAUGUUAUUUUUUGUUGAUAAUAAUAAUUAUAUGUGUUUAAAAGUCCUUUUUGUUGGUUACAAAUAUGUACGUUCAUAACGUGCACCAUAUAUUGUUUUAUGACUAAGUGUCAUAAAGAAAAUGGGAA